ACAAAGACACGAGGACGGACCUACGGUCCACACCACCGUCUCCGCUCUGGCCUCAGAAAGGUGCCCUGCCUUUCCAAGUCCCUGUUCAAAGCCCCACAGCCGGGGUAAGACCAGCCCGGCGCAGGCGGAUGACGUCCUCCUCAUGGGACCGGGAGCCCCGCCCCGCCGGAGCGGGCCGCAGGAAAUGCCCCUGUCCUGGGCAGUCAUUGGUCCAGUGCCCGCGCGACACGCGGAGCACAGCCUUCUGGGUAAUGUGGUUUUUUCCUUUGCUGACAGUAGCGGUGGGGCAGUUUCCGAGCGUGUCUUCUCCGGAAGAGUCGCCUCAGACCCGCUUCAAAGAGUGGGAUCUAGGGGCGGGGGCGAGGCCAUCCCUGUCCCGCCCGGGGAAGGUGAGGCUCGGCGGCGGGGAACUCCCCUCGCGAUCAGAACGCGUGGUCACCAGGCCUUUGGGUCGGCUGGUGACUUCCCCCGUGCGCCUUACCUCCGGAGAUGCCUCUGGACGGAAGACGGAUGUUCGAGAGGUGACGGCACCGGCGGGGCCAGGACGCCGGAAGCCCCCUCCCACGCGGCCCCCUCUGAGGGCCCUCCUGUGGGCCAGCGCCACGCGCUGCGGCGCCUUGACGCGCGGAUCGGGCCCGGGAGCCGGAGGGGCGGCGUGCGAGCCCCGGAGCUGGGGAGGCCGCCCGUGACCCCAGGCUGGAGCCGGGCGCUGUGGAGUGUCUGUCCCACGCGGCACCUCGCCCUGCGUCUGAGCGCCGGCGGAGGGGUUGUGCGCGGACGCGGAGUGCGGGAGUGGUCGGCCGCCGCCGCCGCCUCGAGUCUCCGCCAGGGCGAGAAUAGGUGGAGACGAGAACGGACCGGGGCGAAGCCAGAGCCAGUCCGUCGCUGAGGAGGUGAUGGAGCUUGACUCCCUCGAGUUGGCUGGAUUGGUGACUGAGUAUGCAAAGAGAAAAAUGGUAACUCGACAGCAGAGGAAACUGGCAGACACCACCCUUACUGCCUGAUGGAGGCUAACAUCAUUAGUAAUGUCAUGUUCACACCAGGUAUGAGCACACGGCAACAAAACUGUUCUGGGAUGUCCUUUCCCAAAACCCCCAACUUCACUCAUCAAAAAAAAAAAAAAAAAAAAAAAAGAGAGAGAGAGAGAGAGAGAAAAGAAAAAGAUAAGAUAAAUGCAAAUUGAGUAACAUUGUAUAAGAUACCUGAUGCAUCCUCAUCAAAAGUGUUUGGAUCAUGAAAAACAAGGAUAACAGAACAACCGUUAGAGAUGAGAGAAAACUAAACAGAUAAAAUGAUUAAAUGCAACUUGAUGGCCUGGAAUGGGAUACUGCAACACAAGGACGAUAGUGGGGAUAAAAUUUAGUAAAAUCCAAAUCGUUUGUAAGGUAAACAGUAUUGUAUCAAUGUUAAUUUCUUUGCUUUGAUGAAUGUACUACAUAUCUAUGAAAUAGUAACAUGAGGUGAAAGUGUGUGGAAGUUACAUGGGAACUCUAUAUUUGCCACGUUACACUAAAUCUAAAAUUGUUUAAAAAUAAAAAAAUGUAAAAAGA